GGUGCGGCGAGGCAGGCGGGCAGCCUCGUGUCCCGGAGGGCAGCUGGAGGCUACGGCCGGGGCUGGCGCGGAGGCGUCCUUCCCGGCGGAGAGGCGACGCGACGGCAACGCUACAGGAACCCGUCGCCCGGGUGGUCGGUGGGGAUCCGUCCGGCCCCCGCCCGGCGUCCGCAGCAGCCGCCCGCGAAGAGCAGCCGCCGCCGCCCCCCAUGUCCCUGCCGGUGCUGCUGCCGGGCAUCUCCUCUCCCGUCCCGGGAUUUGCCCCCUCUUGCCCGUCACCCGGCGCGUCGUCCGGCUCGCUGUCCACCGCGGCCGCCGACUCCCCGCUACCGCCACUCCGCUUUGGCGGCUGCACUCCCGCCUUGCCGCAAUAUCGCAACCCGCGCCCCACCGCCCCGGCCCCGGGCGACGGCUUGCUGCCGCGCCGGCCGCUGCUCUCGCUGGGGCUGCUGCAGGUUGUGCUGGGCUGCUCUGUGGUGGCGCUGAACUUCAGGGCGCUGUGGCUGAGCAGCGGCCCGCAGGUGAAGAACGCCUAUUCCUUCUGGGCUGGCUCCUCGGUAAUCUUAUCCGGAAUCUUAGCCAUAAUGUCGUGGAAGAAGCCAGUAAUGGUUUUGGCUAACCUGUUUGUUCUGCUGUCAAUCAUCUGUGUUCUGCUGAACGUGGCUGGACUUGUAUUAGGAUGUCAAAGCAUCCAGUUUGUGUCCAGUACACUUGGAUGUGAUGUGGUGGAAAAAGGUGAAGAGAAGAUUUGUAUCUGCUGUGAAAGGUCUGACGCCACUAAAUGCCCAGAUGAAGAGACUGCCCUGAAGCUGUACCAUGUGAAGCCGUGCAAUGCUGCUCGCCUUCUUCUCAAGAAAGUUAUCUUUGUCCUUUGUGCCCUGAAUGCUCUCACCACCACAGUUUGCUUGGCAGCGGUUUCCCUGCGUUACUCAAAAAUAUUUCUAACGAGAAGAUCCUGCAUAGAUGAAUCUCAUGUUGGAGAGCAAGAUCAAGUUUCGGAUCCUGAUGAUUUUGUCCCACCUGUGCCACCUCCCUCCUAUUUUUCAACUUUUUGUUCUUGUACUCCACAAAGCAGUCACAGGAUGCUGGGCUCUGGUGUGAUUCCAUUGCCCCACAUAUAUGGAGCGCGAAUCAAAGGCAUUGAAGUGUUCUGCCCUCUGGACCCACCUCCUUCUUACCAAGCUGUUUGUAGGCAGAAAACCUCUGAGCAGGAAAGUGCGCUACAAACAAGUGUCGUGGAAGUCGUUGAUUUGGGUCAAGUGAGUGGCAGUGAGGCCUUUCAAGGUGAAGAAAUUCCUGAGUCUUCCAGCAGAGUGAGCCUUUCACCUCCAAACGCAAGCCUGCUGCCUGCACAAGGGAGAGACUUCCAUCCAGUGCAACAAAGGUCUAAAAGUGAUCCCGUGCUGCUUCAAGGGCCAGCGCUCAAUUAUGAAGCUGCAACACAGACCGAACUAAAACCACAACUCUGUGCUGUCACCUUGCAGAACAGUUUGAGAGCAAGAACUUUGAGGGGAAGGCCUCAGUCUUUGAUAGACUACAGGUGUUACACAGACACUAAACAGCUUGUGUCAUGGAUCCUUGAGCAGUCCUGCAGCGUGAGGCCUGACAUACAUGAAUUGGUGGAAAAUAUCAAGUCUCUUUUAAAAUCAGAUGAGAAACAUAUGGCAGAAGUUAUCACCAGUGCCACAUUCCUUGAGCAGGUGAUGGCACCUGCCCAGCAAGCCACGUCACUGAGUGCCCGUGCGUUACCUUGUGGAUGUCAUACUAGAUUGCCGCACGUGCAGAGCUGCUGUGACCUGAGUGUUUUCACCACAGAUGAAGAACCGCUCGCAGAGAUCGGGAUCCAGAGAGCUGAGCGUGAACGGCCUCACAGUAUUAUUGGUGUUGUCAGGGAAACUGUACUUUGAGCUAGUUUCUGUCUUUGAGCUGUUUUCUGUUUAUUCCUCAGUAGAGCACUUCUGUCAGCCAUACAUGUUGCCUAGGAAAAUAAUCUCUGACAAAUAGGUGGAAAAGUGUGUUGGUGUGUUGAUAACACUUUUUCUUUUUUUUUAACUUUCCUGCUCAGAAUUGUGAGGGGAAGCUCAUUCUGCAAAGCAAAUCAAGUAGAUUGCAAGCUGGCCUUUAUUGGGCUGAUCAGGUGCAACUGGUCUGUUUGU